AAAUUGCAACAUUCCAAUAGUCUUGGUUGACUAUUGAGAAUGUAAGUUUUAGAAUAUUAUAUUCUAAAAGGUUAAGGAAAGUAAUUAUUCAAUUAUGAAAAGCAUGCUUUUAAAAUUCCAAAUUAUAGUUUCUAGUACGUAGUCUUAGUUUCUCAAGCAGCAUCAAUUUGUAACAAAUCCAAAAUAUAAAUGUAGAAUUAGUGGAACAUCUCUUCCUGCUAUGAUUUGGCAUCCAAGCAUGCUUUUGCAAAUAGUAUGCAUGUUUUAUCAACUGCUUCCAAUUCCCCCUCCUCUUUUCAAUGCCGUGCAAUUUGUCCGGUCCCUGAACUUCACUGGAGCUUUUAGUAACCAGUGACUUUCAUCAUAACCAGUUGCAUUCUGAAGCAAGAAGCACAGAUGGCAAGGGCGGGCAGAGUAAAAGGAAUAUAUACUGCCAAAAGGAGAACAUCAUUCCUGUUCACAAAAUAUUGUUCUUUGCUGCUAUGCUGUUAAGGAUGAAAACUUGGCUGGCUGCGGUGUUCAAAACAGCAAGCAUUAAAAAAAUUAUUUCACUUCAGUUCAGAGCUUGGGGUAGGGUAGGAAGAGGUAAAUCCAUCCCCCUCCAUGCAGAAACACAGACUGGUUUCUUUGGGUGCUUUGGGCUUUAAGGAAUAUUCCAUUUCUCCCAUUCCACUAAUAUGCUGUGACAGGGGUCAGCAAACAUUUUCAGCAGGGGGCCGGUCCACGGUCCCUCAGACCUUGUGGGGGGCCGGACUAUAUUUUGAAAAAAAUAUGAACGAAUUCCUAUGCCCAACAAUUAACCCAGAGAUGCAUUUAAAUAAAAGGACACAUUCUACUCAUGUAAAAACACACAAAUAACCCAGAGAUGCAUUUUAAAUAAAAGGACAAAUUUUACUCAUGUAAAAACAUGCUGAUUUCCAGACCGUCCGUGGGCCGGAUUUAAAAGGUGAUUGGGCCGCAUCCGGCCCCCGGGCCUUAGUUUGGGGACCCUGCUGUGGCAUAUGGUGCUCUAAAGAAACUUACCCAUAUCGGGAGUCAAAUAACCAGAAGUAGGCAGAUUGUAAGGGUUAUGGAUCCAAAUCUGGCCAAGUUGUUUUCUACUUCCUACCAGGUUGGGGAGUCCCUAAAGUUAUUUGUUUAUCCAUUUAUUGAUGUUUGUAGGUCAGCCAGCUGCAGGAGGGCAAAGUAUUAACCCUGAAGACAAGACCACCAUGUAAAAACUGCCUAUUUAUGUAACAGAGAAAAAGCAGUGAAGAGAAUAAUCCAGAUUGAAGCAUGAGUGCUGAGACCAACCAGGGGGUAAUCACAACCCCUCCACCCCCCAGCAUGCCUCACAAAGAGAGAUAUUUUGACCGCAUCAAUGAAAAUGACCCUGACUACAUCCGCGAAAGAAACAUGUCUCCUGACCUCAGGCAAGACUUCAACAUGAUGGAACAAAGGAAAAGAGUCACCCAGAUACUACAAAGUCCUGCUUUUCGGGAAGACCUGGAAUCACUUAUUCAAGAGCAAAUGAAGAAAGGCAAUAACCCAACUGGGUUGCUUGCCUUACAGCAAAUUGCUGACUACAUUAUGGCAAGCUCUUUUGCAGGAUUUUCUUCAUCUCCUCUAAGCUCUGGAUUGGUUACACCUAUCAAUGACCUUCCUGGGAUAGAUACCACUACAUAUGUAAAGGGCGAAAAACUUACUCGUUGUAAAUUAGCCAGUUUGUAUAGGCUGACAGAUCUGUUUGGAUGGGCACACCUGCCCAAUUCAUAUAUCACAGUAAGAGUAAGCAAAGAACAUGAUCAUAUUCUUAUCAUUCCAAGAGGCCUAUCAUUUUCUGAAGCUUCUGCCUCCAAUUUGGUAAAAGUAAACAUACUGGGAGACGUGGUUGACCAGGGAAGCACCAAUCUCAGCAUUGACAGUUCAGGAUUCAGCCCUCAUGCAGCCAUCUACUCCAUGCGCCCUGAUGUUCGAUGUGUGAUCCACAUACACACUCCAGCAACAGCAGCUGUUUCUUCCAUGAAGUGUGGUAUACUUCCUAUCUCUCAGGAGGCUCUCAUUCUAGGAGAUAUUGCAUACUACAAUUAUCAAGGAUCUCUGGAUGAAGCAGAAGAAAGACUUCAACUCCAGAAAGUUCUUGGGCCAAGCUGUAAGGUGCUGGUCUUGAGAAACCAUGGGGUAGUAGCACUCGGAGAGACUUUAGAGGAAGCUUUCCACUACAUCUAUAAUGUGCAAAUAGCUUGUGAAACACAGGUACAUGCACUGGCUGCAGGCGGCGUAGACAAUCUUCUUAUCCUAGACUUACAGAAGUAUAAACCUUUCACACACAAUCUGGUAGCAUCUGGAGGAGGAGGAGUUAAUAUGGCCUCUCAGUUCAAGUGGAAAGUUGGAGAACAGGAGUUUGAAGCACUGAUGAGAAUGCUGGACAACCUGGGUUACAGAACAGGCUAUGCUUAUCGACAGCCUCUUGUGAGGGAGAAGCCCAGGCACAAGAGUGAUGUUGAGAUCCCAGCCACCGUGACUGCCUUUUCCUUUGAUGACGAUUCAGUUCCAAUUUCCCCUCUCAAAUUCCUAGCACAAAAGCAGCAGCGGGAGAAGACAAGAUGGUUGAAUUCUCCAAAUACAUAUUUGAAAGUAGAUGUUCCCGAAGAAUCCCGGAAUGGGGAAACAAGUCCCCGGACUAAAACCACAUGGAUAAAAGCUGAAGAUUCAUCUAAGCUUAGUGGAGGAACUCCAAUCAAAAUUGAGGAUCCAAACCAGUUUGUUCCAAUGAAUACAAAUCCAAGUGAUGUACUGGAAAAGAGGAAUAAGAUUCGGGAGCAAAAUCGGUAUGACUUAAAAACUGCAGGUCCACAGUCUCAGUUGCUUGCUGGAAUCGUAGUGGAUAAAAAGCCCAGUGUUCCAAUGCAGUUUGAAGAAGAUGAGCAUGCCCCACCAGCCCCUCCCAACCCAUUCAGUCAUCUCACUGAAAAGGAACUGGAAGAGUACAAGCGGACAAUCGAACGCAAGCAACAAGGAGUAGAUGAUGCUGAUCAGGAAUUAUUCUCAGAUGAUGGGUCAUCUGUUUCACAAAUUAAUUCUCAAACUCAGUCCCCACAAAAUGUCCCUGAAAAAGUAGAAGAAAAUGAUGAUUACCAACAGGAUGCUAACCUCGUCUCUCUGGAGAUUCCGGCUGUUAUAAUGAAUGGCAAAGAAGAUUCACAUGAUGUGGACGAGGAUCUUGCACACAGAGUCAGCCAGUUAACCACUAGUACUGUAGAGAAUGUGGAGAUCACCAUUAAGGCCUCUGAAAAAAUUGAGGAGACCCUUUCCCCUGAGGGCUCUCCUUCGAAAUCACCAUCAAAGAAGAAGAAGAAGUUCCGUACUCCAUCUUUCCUAAAAAAGAACAAAAAGAAGGAGAAGGUGGAAGCCUGAGUGCAGUUCAUUCCGAGGCUACAUUGCACAUUUCAAACCCAUGCUUUAGUUCACGUUUUAGUCACGUUAGGUAGGGUUGUGCAGAAAAAUGGGCCUUAACCUAAAAGCAGAACUGGAAAGUAAAAUUAAAUAGAAACAAUGUUAUUUUAAUGAAGCAAAGAAUUCAUCUCUUAAUUAGUUUGUGUAAGAAUUACUAUGAGGGUUUGAAAUACUUAAUAGGUCCACCACAAACUAACACUGGCAGGUGUUCCAAUAUAGCACUAUUGUAAUUUCAAAUACCCUUAUGGUUACACAUGGAGAGUUUUCUCAAUUAGUAGACCUUCAGCACAGUGUCACUAAGGUAGCUGUUGAGUUAUCAGAUAAUGUUGUUUUUUAAAUCUACUGCCUCGCUCUGUAAUUGGAUGAUAUUUCUUAGUAUUGUGAUUUUGACCAUAGCAGUUGUUUUACUCCUGCCUCACAGGGUGCUGUUCACCUCACCUUUUCAACCAUAGGUCAUUUAUGAUACACUGGCACAUAAUAUUAAGAGGGGAAAACUGCAAAAGGAAUUGCAUUUGGAAUUUUACAGACUCUGUAAAAAUUGCAUUCAUCAAUAAUAACUUUUGCCAAAUACUUAAUUUUAGUAAGAUAUAAUUUUUGAAAACUUUUUUUAUUCUAUCAGUUGGGGGGGCAGGGAGAAAGCCCUUAUUUUUCAAUAAAGGGGAUUUUAUACGCUUAACAUUGAUUAACUAUGGCAAAAACAGAAAAAGAAUUUUAUACGUUGAAUUUUUUGUAUACCACUCAGUAUAAAGUAUUAUAGGCAUGUAAACCAAGCAUUUAACAAUAGAAUGUAUUUAAGGAUGCUUGGUGUAGAGUAUACUUAAAUAUAAUUCAGGAAUCCAGAACCUCUGAUUAUUGGGUGUUGAAAGCGUAUAAACUUAACUGGAUUCAGGUUUAAAUCUUACUGUAUUUUUUUCCUCAUGGUAUUGCUGUUGAAUGAAGAAAAAUAAACUUGUUAACAUAUGGCCUAUCCAGGAGAUCAGUUCCAAGUAUGUCCCUUAGCCAUUCUGCGUUACUUCUGCAGCACGUCCAACUAAAUUCUCAGGGCAAAGUCUUGAGGACUUACUUGUUGGUCAAGAUAAAGCCACAAGGGGUUUCUUUCCCUCUUUGCCUUGAGACACUCAGUUGCAAGUCCUCUGUGAGCUCCCUCUUUGCAGAUAUAGAGUGCUGGUACCAUGUUGACAGAAUAUCAAGGCCAUCGGGUGAAGAGUGUAAAACUCAUGCAGCUACAUUCCGAAAGCACUCCAAUGGCAAAGAUUGCUUUGUUCGAGUGAACAUUGCCAUCCAGGUGCAGGAAAAUGCAAAAUGCCCAUGGCAAAAGUGCUUCCACAAGGGAUGGAGUCUAGAUUCCAUGCAACAGCUUAGAAGCAACUGCAUCUAUGUUGCACUAUCAACUGAUCCUCUGGAAAAGCCCACAACCAAAUGAAGGAGACAAAACCGAAAAAGGGAAAGUGAAAUGGGAAGAAUAAGGGGUUGGAGGUAAAGAGAAUAGUAGCUUGUGGAUUAUUUUUCAUAAAAUAUAUGGUAUGGAUUUGGGGGUAUUUUUUAUUAAAUUAAUGGAACAGCCGUUUCAUAUAAAAUGUAUAGGCUUUCAUAUGGGGCGCCACACGUUCACCCCUUGCUAUCAUUGAUUUUAAUGGGAUAAUUUUAAUCUGAGUUUUGCCUUCUCAAGGAGAACCAAUUAGUCAAGCGCUAUAGGUGCUGAUCCUGCCACUUGCUCCUUUUUGCUGGUAGCUUUAUUUUGCUUUGAAACUUAAGAAAGAAAAAUUCAAACCUGUAAAUACAUGCUUAACAUGGAAAUUUGCCUAGGGCCUUUAAACUAGCCUUUGUUCAUCAGUAGCCACAAGAGCAACUACACCUCAAAAUAUCAAUGUGACUCCCAGAUUGCCAGUUGAAAUAUAUACCGUAUAUAGAUUGUUAAAAUAUGGCUGGGUUGUGGUUUGGCAUGAAAAAAUUGACUAUAGCAUGUUGCAGGGCUGGUUAGCUUUGACUGUGUAAGUGUGAAAAUGCAGCGCUGGAGUGACUCUGGAAACGAUAUUCUAGAUCAGUGGUUCCCAACAGGUGGUCCGGGGACCCCCAGGGGUCCGCGAGCUAUGCCAGAGGGGUCCGCAAUAUGCUAUUAGAAUAAAAAAUAUAUUAAAUAUAUUUUGUAUGAUAACAGAUUUUUUGUUUUGGCCGCUUCCUCCAUGAGCAGAGUCUAGCGCAAAACUAGAAUUAGAUAGAGGCAGUAGUUCUGCUGUAUGCCGUUAGGUGGCGCUUUACAAACACUACUGUUUUGCAAAGAGGCAGUGCGCGCAUUCUACUAACGCUCACCUCCCCAAGAUGCUUUGCGCGCGUCGGCUUCAUUUGUGCGCUACUGCACAGGUACCCUGUCUUCUCCAUUCCCCUCCCUCCUCCCUGGCCGCGCUGCCUCUUUGCAAAACAGUAGUGUUUGUAAAGCGCCACCUAAUGGCAUACUUUUUGCAAAACAGUACUACUCUUUGCAAAACAGUAGUGUUUGUAAAGCGCCACCUAACGGCAUACUUUUUGCAAAACAGUACUACUCUUUGCAAAACAGUAGUGUUUGUAAACAAAGCAUUUUUUGCGGAAGCUACAGUUCGCGUAGUUAAAAAUGGACCAUUGGUUUAAAAGUGGUUCGUUAAAACGACAAAGGCCUACAGAUGAAGAGGAAGAACUGUAAAAAACGUAUAAAUAUAAAAAGACUCUUAAUUUGGCUCUCACUUUUUAAUUUUAGGAUUAGGAAUUAAUGGGGGUCCUUGUCACAAUAGCGGCUCGAUGAGGGGUCCUUGAGAAAAUUUUGUUGGGAACCCCUGUUCUAGAUAUCUCAAAAUACUCGAAUCAGUGUGUUCUUUUUUAAAAAAAUAGUGGAAAUCUAUAAGUUGCUUAACUUUGUUUAUGUUCUACAUUUUUGUGUUGUAUUACAACAUAUGUAGAAACAGUAACCUGUGAACUAUGCUUUUCAUAACUUUAAAAAAAUAUAUCUAAAUGAAUGCAAUGUGCGUAAAUAUUUUUUUAAAAAUUCAACCGUGAACUAUUUGCACCUUUUUUUUUGCUAAUGCCUCUAUUUACUUGCUUUGGCAUAAAGAAUGAGCCAGCCAACUCUGUGUCCUGUGGAAAAAAAUAUAAAUGUUGUUGGAAAUUGCUCAUAGAUGUAAUGCUAAUUAAUGUUAAAUCACAAAUAAACAGUAUUUUAAAUACA